UCUGACCGCCCAUUCUGGGAAUAGAAAGUGCUGCUUUGUGAAUGAAGGGAGCGGCGGAGAAGGGGCCAGAAAGCAAACUUUUGUUUAAAAAAACCCCCAAAAAACAUCAACACAUCAUUUUCCCACGUCCGGCGUGGACGGAGAGAGAAGCUCCCACGGCGCACUGGACGACACGUGACCUGCAUGAACCCACGAAGCAGCUGUGAACCGAUGAUGCUCGUCCUCCUGUGUCUCCUCCUGGCAGUGGCGGUCCAAGGAGAGCCCUGCUUGAUCAUCAGCGAGAUCAACGCAGACAACCCCCUACUGGACACCACCGAGUUUGUGGAGCUCUAUCACACCAGUGGAGAGCGAUCCUCAUUAGACGGCUACACCCUGGUCUUCUAUAACGGGAACGGGAACGUGGCCUAUAAGGUGUUGGACCUGAAAGAUCAGAGUACAGACGAUCGAGGAUUCUUCCUGGUUGGCUCUGUGGACAUGCUGCCCAAACCUGCCAUCCUGCUGCCUCCAAACACGGUCCAGAAUGGCCCGGAUGCCAUCGUCCUCUACCACACCUCCGCCGCACGCUACAGCGAGAAGAUGAACGUCACGCCUAUCGGUUUGGUGGACGCUGUCGUUUACAUGACGCGCAGAACCGGCGGCGCGGAGGUCCUGGCCGAGAUCCUGACCCCAGGGGAGUCGGCUUUUGUGGAGGAUGACACCGCCCUGGAAGGGGACGAGUCCAUCGAGAGGUGCCUGAUGUCUGAGGAUCGUUGGGGCUUCCGGGUGUCCUCGCCCUCCCCGGGUCAGCGGAAUAACUGCACACCGCCCGCCGCCUCGCCAAGCAUGCCCAUCAUCACCGAGCUGAAGCUGGGUGGAGGUCAGGUGGACGGCUUUGUGGAGCUCACAGAAGCCUCAGGGGCAGGUCCUCUGGUUCUGGUUGUUUUGGACGGAAGAACGGACAAGGUGAGCGUCAGUUUGAAUGUGGACCUCGCCAGGAACGGACUCAUCUCCAUGACUGUGGACAAGAAGUACAUGAAAGGCGAUGAGUCCGGAGCAGUGGCCAUAUACAGCGGCAGGAGCACAGAUUUCCCUGUGGGCAGUCCUCUAAGUCAAAUCCAGCCUCUGGACUCCUUUGUGUUUGUCGGCCCUGGAAAUAAACCAAGUGCCAACCUCACAGAGACCCUCAUCCCAGGCAGGGAGCCUUAUCAGCUCAGCAGCAGUUUGAAAGAGGGAGGCUUCUACCUCAGUCGUUGUGGUGUGGCCACGUGGACCAGAGAUCCCGGUGUCUUCUGGGAGGCCCCGCAGACCCCGGGGCAGCCCAACCAGUGCCCCUGGCCAAAAAUCUGCCCUCACAGCAUGGUUCCAGGAGGAGGCGCAGAUGCAUCCCCACACCUCCCAUCUUGGGGCAACAGUGACUUCCUCAUCAAUGAGCUCAACUCGGACUUGCCCGGCAUCGCUGAGGACGGCGAGUACAUCGAGCUGUGGCACCCCUCAGGACGCCGCGUCUCCCUGCAGGGCAUCUGGAUACUCCUUUUCAGCGCCCACAACAACAAACCCUACAGGGAGAUUAGCCUCAGUGGACACUUCACCACCGCCAAGGGCUACUUCCUGUUGGGCAGCGACGGACUGGUGCCGGCGCCCUCUCUCCGCCUGCCUUCCAAUACCAUCCAGAACGGGCCGGACGCGGUGGCACUCUAUCGCAGCCCCUAUGGUGCGCCAUCGGCACAACAUCGAGGGAUCCCCACCAAAGGACUCCUGGAUGCCGUCGUAUACCGACAGAGGGGGUUAGACAAGGACGCACAGGAGUUGAGUAAGGCGCUGACACCAGGACAGCUCCCCCUGCUGGAGGAUCCACAAGUACUGCCUGGUGAUGAGUCGCUAAGCCGCUGCAGAGGCCUUUACCCCUAUGACCUGUCUGCGUUUUCUGUAACUCCUCCCACUCCUCUGAGGGAAAACAGCUGUCCCCGGCCUCCUCCACCUCCAGAGGGCGUAGUCAUCAGCGAGGUGGCUAGUGGCCUCUGGACCAAUCACAGCCAGCAGAGGGCCUUCGUGGAGCUGCAGGGGCCCCCGAUGACGGAGCUGCGUGGCCUGGUGCUGGUUGUGUUUGACCAGGUGCACAGUGUCAUCGCUCUUCCUCUGAAAGGAUCUAUCGACCAGGAUGGAUUUUACGUGUUGGGGAACGUCACAGGGGCAGAUCAGACCUUCCCAGAAGGCAGUGCGGUGCCGGCAAGAGGCGCAGUGGUUCUGUGCUACGACCUCUUCAGUGUGUGCAGAGCUGGCACCGCUCUGACCAACUCCAGCCUCCGGGACGAGCUGGUGUUCAGUGAGAACCAGCUGCUGCUCCCCCGCUCCACCAGGAGAGGGAGCCAUGUGAUACCGGCUCUCAGGUCGGUGGAAGACGGUCUGGUGUCGCUCAGCCGUUGUGUGUGCUGUGAGGCACGAAGCCCCUCUUCCUGGACCACGUCUUCGCCGACGCCUCGCCGCGGCAACAUCUGCCCAAGCUCCGCCUUCUCGAGUCAGAUCGACAUUUGUCUUGGACCGCUGUUCAGCGACUGGCUGACGGCGGAGUCGGGAGACUGCAGUGGUCUCAUUGAAGGCAGUAGAGUUUCACAGGUGGCAGACUAUCUGGAGCAGAAGUGUCUCUGUGGAAUCUCUGCUUUAUCUCUCCAAGGAGCAAAUUUCUCCUGUGUGUCUGGCUGGUUGCGCGUGUGGGGUAAGAUCCGGGCCUUGUCCGACCAUCAGAGGGCCCUCAUCAUCCAGACGGCCCCCAUGAACGUCUCACACGUACAGGCGGAUGUUUGCGCUGCCCCCACCACAGAUCGCCGCACCAGCACAGGUUCAACACUGGGCUUACAGAUUGGUCUUAUAGUAGCAAUACUUCUGCUGCUAGCACUUGGAGCUGCUCUAUUCACGUAUUUCUACAGAAGGAGGCGUCCUUUGGAUUAUUCCACCAUGGAGCUGAGCGAGAAUGCAGAGGGACUAUCAGAUCUAUAAUCCAGGAAUUAGAAGUGAUAAGGAUGAGGUCAUGUCGUGUGUGUGUGUGUGUGUGUGUGUGUGUGUGUGUGAUGCUGAAAAUGAUGACAGUGAAUUUUUUUCUAAAGGUCAGUGUGUGCUACUGCUGUGUGAACAGGACUUUGAAGCGUGGUCUUUUGGCACGAAGGUGCAGGGAAUUUUGAUACUUGAGAGGGAAAAAAAGCUCCUUUUUCUUAAUGUGGGAGAAAAACGAGCCGAUAGCAGGAAGUUUAAUGUCCUUUCUUUCCUGGUGUUGGCGUAAAGAUGAACUGUAACCACUGACGUGAAGCAAACUGUUUACAUUUUUACUGAAGUAGAAAAGGGAUGUGAUGUGGAAUAUAAUUUGCAUUCUUUAUUUGUGGGCUUUGUUUUAUGUUGCUUGAGCUUUCUGGCGAAAUCCGAGAUGAAAAAUAGUCCGCUGUGCCUUUUAUGAAUAUAGCUGGGCCCUCACUUGCAAAGGGACCAAGCGCUGCAGCCAGUAGACAUCCAAGUCAGUCCUACAAAGGAGUAUUAGUGCCACUCUGACUAGAACAAUUAUUAUUUGCAUUCAUAAUAAUGUGAGAGUAAAAGUCAUCAGAUCCUGAGAAGAUUUACAGAAUUAAAAGUAGCAGUCAAAAGUUUUGAAACAGACACUAAUGCUUGUGAAUGAGGAAGUGUCUUAAAAUCUUUGAUCGGCGCUGUAUUUUUAUUUAUUUAAAAAGUUAUAUCAUCAAAAGAAACACUAUCAAAAUGUACAUUUCUAAUUAAAAAUGUAUAUUCAUAAAUAUGAUACAGUACAGUAGGAAGGGGAUUUAUAUGGCCACAUUUGUCACAGUUUACCUGACACAUGAAAUGUGACUAAUUUGGGGCGUGCACUAUCCACUUUAGCCACCAGAUGGCACUAGAGUGUUAAAUAUCCUAAAAUGGGGUUUAAGAUCAUUUUGACCACAGCGUUAGUUGCUAUGUAGAGUGGCGUUUUCUAUCAUUUUCAGCAGACUGGAUGGCAAUAAUUUACCCCCGGCCUUUUUCCUCUCAUGCGAGAUCCACCCAGGAAUGGGGCCAUAUGAAUCCCAUCCGUAUCUUAUUCCAUUGUUAUUAUGAUGCAGUUUAUGUUUUUAAACAUCAUUAUAUUUCUUCAUUAUGAUGUAUAUCGCUUACUAUUGUGACUUAUGUUGUUCAAUUAUAAUUAUUUUCCUCGUGCAUUUCUGUUUCCUUGUAAUUUAACAAAAAAUUACAAUGCAGUGGCGUGCAUUUACCCUCAUAAUAUUAUGAUGUUUGAGCUUGAAAUUACAAGACUUGCCUCAUUAAAAUUAUAAUUAUUUUGCCAAACUGUUUUCCUCAUAAAUUAUUAUACAGCAUAUAUACUGGUAAUUAUGUUCUUCUUAUUAUAUUGUUUAUUAUGAUUUGUUACAUUAUUAAAUUUUUUAAAUGUACUAAUUGGUAUUGUUACCUCUUAAUAUCGUGACUUUGUUGUAAUGCAGUAAUAUUUUGUUAUACAACAUUGGCCUUGUUUUAAUUAUGAUUAUUUUCCUCAUGCAUUUCUCAUAUUACGACGUUUUUCUUGUAAUAUAAUAAUGUUUUUUGUGUAAAAUUACAACAUUCUGAUUAUUACAGCAUUACCAAUUUGCUCUUGUAAUAUUAUGAGGGUUUUAUUUCAGCAAUAUUAUGAUGUCAUUUCUGCUAAACUACAACAUUAACCUCAUAGAAAUGUUUCAUAAUUUAACUAGAAUAUUAAAGAAAAAAAUAGUAAUAUUGUCAAAUUAUUAUUUUUCUGGAAAUAUGUAUUCUUGCAAUAUUAUGAUUGACCUAACAUAAGCUACGCAAAAUUGUGAGUAUUUCUCAAAAAUUUUAUAACAGGACUUUUUUCUCAGGAUAUUUUGACUUUCCUCUUGUAGUAUUGUUGUUUUUCUAAAAAACUAAACAAAUAAGAAUGGUAUAUUGCGACCUUAUUUUUUUAUAUUUAUUUUCUUUUCAUUUCAGUGUGGCUCUAGUCCUUCUUUUUAGUGCCAACACAAAGUGCCAAGAACUGAUUUUAAAAGUAUUUUUGUUGUAUUUUACAAUGUCGGCUGUAUUUUUUCCCCCACAUUUUUUUAAAUAAUUGCUAUUAUUAUUGAUAAUAAUGAUAAACCCUAUUGAUCUGACCUGGCCACAUGGUAGCCAGCAUUGCUUGAUGUAUAAUGGCCGUUUUACUGUAAAGUUUUAUACUGUAUCUUUUAUGUUUUAAUUUUGUAAAAUAGUACCUUUUAAAUGUUUUGUGAAAUUAGGAAAUUGUUGUACAGUCUAAAUAAUUCAUCAACCAUUUUAGAUUUUGGACAAAAACUUCAUUGAGUCCAAUUUUUUCACAGAAAAAAAACCCAGCAGAAUUAAAAGAUUACUUUUGUGUAUAAAGUAUUCUUGCACUUACACGUAAAACUGGAAAGGCGAGUUCUUGCUUCUUUCUUCCGUCCAUUCUAGUCAGGUUUGAAAUAAAAAGCUCCAUCACACUUAUUUCUUAUCCUUCAUCAUUUUUGUUUGGUGUCUGUAUUUAGUCGAAUCCUUUAUUUUCAUUUUCCCCUCCUUUAUACCUUGCACUUUGUGCUUCCCUUUAGAGGUCUAAAUAUAGCUUCAAGCUGUGCAGGACAAAGCAAGCUUUCCAGCGGGGAUUUACGGGCAUCACCAUGGCAACAUCAUACCAUAAUUGUCACAUUAUAUCCACACUGUGACAUUUCAGGUCCUGUGCACGAUUAUUGCGAUGCCCCUAGUGGUCACACAAUUGCACUGUACAGUAUAUGAAAUGACCUCUUACAGUAUGCCUUCCACCAAAAUGAUUAUAUUUUUUUAAUAAUGGCAUUAUAUUUUAUGGUGUUCCUAUUGGCGUAUGGUGUUAACAGAACAUUAGUGGGGUAGC